GAAUACAAAGGUCAUUAGAUUUUAACAAACAGCAGUGUCGAAUACAAAGGUCAUUAGAUUUUCUUCCCCAUUCAUUAGAAGUUUUGAAUAUCUUCCAAAACCAAAAAUAAAAUUAUAAAGAAAUUAAAAAGAGUGGAAAAGAAGAAGAUAGAUAUUUGUCUAAUUUCCAUAUAUCUUGGAGGUACCAAGUUUGAAUUCAUAUCAAGUAAAAUUUUCCUCCGCCAGUGUUGAAUUGUCAUUUUCAAUCUGAUUGUCGUUGAACCGCCUUCCUGCCUUUUUUAUGAAAUUCCAAGUACAUCAAUAUUUGAAAUUACAUUCCCCAUUCGAAUAUGCAAGCUUUUCUUGCUCUUUUCAGCAUUUAAAGUGACCAAACUUUGACAAAUGGUCCUCAGCUUGGGAGUGAAUGAAUAAUGGUCCAUGUAGCAAGUUGUCAAGAAAAGACUAGUGUAUAUGGUCAAAUAGGAACGUUUUAUGUUAUCCCAUUUUGUCACAUGGAGUUUUCCUACUGAAAAAAACUUCAAUUCAUUGAUAAUGUUUUUUCAAGUAUUGCAACACGGAUGGGAAUUUCGAUUUAAUAAGAACAUUUAACAAAAAUAAAAAUAAAAGUUUAAAUUUGUACUAAUAAUUAAUUGGUAGAAGAACCGUGGGACAACUCUAUUUUUUAGUACAUCGUAUAUUCUAAAAAUUUAUAAUCAAUUACAUAAUCAUUACUUUUCUUUUCCAUUAUAACAACAUCUGGAGAAGAUAUUUUGGACACACUUCGAUAAAAGGGUCAAGAGCAGAUCAAAGCGCAGAGAGAGAGAGAGAGAGAGAGAGAGAGAGAGAGAGAGAGAGAGAGACAGUGCAAAAGUUGGUGUGUGCAGCAGGAGCUUCAGGUUGCAUAAGCUUCAUGGGUGGUGAAGCUCUUAUAACAACGUGGAUACACUGUCAAAUCUCCUGUUCAAGAACUAAAUGAUCCACACAACACAGAACACUUGCUUUUGCUGUUUGGAGCUUAGGAAAUACUACAUUUGUUUAAAGCUGAUUUAUUGGACGAAUGAGCUUUUGGUGCUUUAAUUGAUGGCUAUGAAGGCAUCUUCCACAUGGCAUCCUCUGUAGUCCAUUCAGUCAAUGAUACAGGUUAAUAAUAUUAGCUCUACUAUCAAUUCCAUUUCUGCAAAUAAUGUAGCAGACUUCCUACUGUAGACCAUUGGCUGCUGGAACCUAAUUUUCCAUUUCUGCUAUGUUCUUGUUCUUUUGGGUGCAAGAGCUCAAACAUUCCCCAAUUUCGUUUAUAUAUUUGUUGAAGUUUGAGAUGUUACAUAUGCAUAUAUUCAAGCAUACGAAGCUCCUUCUGCCAUGGAAGAUAUUGUUUAGUUGGAAGUGCUGCACGCUUUAUUGAGGUUGUGAAGAUUUUGAAAGAAUUUUACCUUUCCUUGAACCUUCCUGAAAAAGAAGUUUUCAUUUGCGAGUAUUAAAAGCAUGCUUAUGCGGCAUUUUGCAAAAGCAUUUUUAAAAAGUAGCUCUAUCUUAUCCUUUUUCCUUUCCUUUCUCCACUGAGAGUAUCCCACAAUAUCUUUCAAUAAAUAUCUUUAGUGGUAUCAGAGCCUAGUUAGUUCAUAAACUGGGCGUAGUUAUUUUCACUCACCAUGGCCAAGAACACCUUCCGUACAAUUCUAGAUCCAGUCUUUAGCGGUGAAAACUACGAUUUUUUGUCUAUAAAAAUGACCAGUUAUUUUAGAUCCCAAAAAUUAUUACGGGGUAUUGUCAGUAAGGACUACACUAUUCCUGCUGAUAUUACCAUUCUUAAUGAGAAUCAACAAAAAGAUUCCCAAGCUUUGUUUGUUUUGCAACAAGCGGUGGCGGAUGAAAUCUUCCAAGGAUUAUGGGAGCUACAAUAGCAAAGGAGGCAUGGGAUAAGCUAUAGGAGAAGUUUCAAGGCAAGGUUAAGGUGUCAAGAUGACAAGCCCUUCAUACCAAUCUACAGAAGUAUCCAGGGAGAAAGCAAAAAGUUUGGGUAUGAGUUUCGUUCCUAGGGAAGUGAGUCUUAAGGACACCGUUGAAAGCCUAAAGGCGAAUGGUUUUGUUAGUGUUAUAUAUUAUUGUAUUUGAACAAGAUAUGAUGGAAAGCAACAACAAACAGAACAUAUCUUGUUUUGUUACCCCAAUUUUCCAUAAUUUGUUAACACUUAGGUAAUUUGAACCUGUUCCCUGUCAUCCUUGUUGCUCUCAAAUUAUUUCAUUUGCGUCCAAUAUUGUUUAUCAUUUUGCUGCUUUUGAAUUUGUCAGUAACAGUGGGAGACCCUCAUCAUCUACAAGUUUUCAUCCCUAUGGAACAUGAACUUGAGAUUCUAUAGCAUACUUUGUAAGGGAGAUGUUCAAUGAAGCUGGAUAUAAAAUUACUCUUGCUCUUUUUGACAUUUACACUGACCAAACUUUGGCAAAUGGUCCUGACCUUGGAAGUGACAGAUAGUCCACGUAACAAAUUUAGAAAGGACUAUGUGUAACAGAAAAGAUAGGAACGUUUUUUGCCAUUUUGUCACGUGGAGAUUGCCUACUGAUAAGACUUCAAUUCAUUGAUAUGUUUUUAAAGAUUUUUUAUUCAAUGAUACCCCAAUACUGAUUGGUAUUUUUCUCUAAAAAGAAAUAACAAAAAGGAAAUGAAAAAGGAAAAUUCGUACCAAAAAUUUAGUAGGUGAUCUGUAGUACAACUUUUCUUAGUACAUUGGGUUGGUAGGUCAUUUUUCCCAUUUCUGGCUUUCAUUGCUUUCCUAUAAUUACAACACCUAGCACAGAGAGAGAAAGAGAGAGAGAGAGAGAGAGAGAGAGAGAGAGAGAGAGAGAGAGAGAUAAUCAUGAGUGAAGGAGAGCAAAAGGUGGUGUGUGUAACAGGAGCUUCUGGUUACAUAGCUUCGUGGGUGGUGAAGCUCUUAUUGGAGCGUGGAUACACUGUCAAAGCUUCUGUUCGAGACCCAAAUGAUCCAACGAAGACAGAACACUUGCUUUCACUCGAUGGAGCUAAGGAAAGACUACAUUUGUUUAAAGCUGAUUUAUUGGUUGAGGGGGCUUUUGAUGCUUUAGUUGAUGGCUGUAAAGGCGUUUUCCAUAUAGCAUCCCCUGUACUCCUUUCAGUCAAUGAUCCACAGGCAGAACUAAUUGACCCUGCAGUGAAGGGAACACUAAACGUUCUCAAAUCAUGUGUAAAAGUCCCUUCUAUAAAGAGAGUGGUUUUGACAUCUUCCUUGGCUUCAGUUGCCGUCAAUGGAAGACCUCUGAGCCCUGAUGUGGUAGUUGAUGAGACAUGGUUUUCAGACGUUGUAUAUUGUGAGCAGCAGAAGCUUUGGUAUAUGGUUUCAAAAACUUUAGCUGAAGAAGCUGCUUGGAAAUUUGCAAAGGAAAAUAGGAUUGACUUAGUCACACUGCAUCCAGGGCCUGUGAUUGGUCCUCUCUUGCAGCCAACUAUUAAUUUCUCUGUAGAGGCUUUGCUAAAGGAUAUAACCGGUACGGGAGCUCAAACAUUCCCCAAUGCAGUUUACGGAUUUGUUGAUGUUAGAGAUGUUGCUUAUUCCCAUGUUCAAGCAUUUGAAGUUCCUUCUGCCAGUGGAAGAUAUUGUUUAGUUGAACGUGUUGCACACCUUAUUGAGGCUUUCAAGAUUUUAAAAGAACUCUACCCUUCCUUGAAAGUUCCUGAAAAGUGUGAAGAUGACAACCCCCUGUUGCCAAUCUAUCAAGUAUCCAAGGUGAAAGCAAAAAGUUUGGGUGUGAAUUUCAUUCCUUUUGAAAUGAGUCUUAAGGACACUGUUGAAAGCCUAAAGGAGAAGGGUUUUUUUUAAUGUGUUUAGAUUGAUGUCUUUGAUCAAGAUAUGUUCGAAAACAAUAACACACAGACCAUAUCUUGUUUUGAUACCCCAGUUUUCUGUAAUUUGUUAACGGUUAGGUAAUUUCAACAGGUUCCUUAGCA